GGCAGCACCGCCUCUCCUGGAGCGCUCGGUCCCUGCAAUUGGCUGCUGCGCGCAGCGCCCGUAUCCGGCCGUCUGCGAGCUGGGGGUCUCCCGGAAGUCCUCGCGCCAAAGGGUCCUGUCUGGGUCGUUUGCCUACCAGGGAAAAAGAAAUGGAAGCCUUGACUGAUGCUACUUUCCUUGCAACUAAAAUUAAAAACACACUGUACCAGUACCACAGAGUUGAAGAUGAUAAGUGGAGAGUUGCUAAGAAAACGAAAGAUGUAACAGUUUGGCGGAAGCCAUCAGAUGAAUUCAAUGGAUAUCUCUACAAAGCUCAAGGUAUUAUGGAGGAUGUUACUGACAAUGUUAUAGAUUAUAUACGUCCAGGGCCUCGUCGCCUAGAUUGGGACAGCUUAAUGACUUCCAUGGAUAUUGUUGAGCAAUUUGAAGAGAAUUGCUGUGUGAUGCGUUACACGACUGCUGGGCAGCUAUGGAACCUCAUUGCACCAAGAGAGUUUGUUGAUUUCUCCUAUACAACACAAUAUGAAACAGGGCUUUUGUCAUGCGGUGUAAGUGUCCACUAUGAAGAAGUGAGACCAGAUUUUGUCCGUGGAUAUAAUCAUCCCUGUGGUUGGUUUUGUGUCCCACUUAAAGACAGUCUUGAUCAAAGUCUUUUGACAGGCUAUAUUCAGACAGAUCUUCGAGGGAUGCUUCCUCAGUCUGCAGUAGAUACAGCCAUGGCUAGCACCCUGGUGAACUUUUUUGGUGACCUCAGAAAAGCCUUGAAGGCCUAAUUGGAUGUGAACCAAAAUACUGUGAACUCAUCAUUAUCACCCAUUCCUCUUUCCCAUAUUAUGUUGUAAAAAUCUCAGGCUAGGUUAGAACUUUGUUAUUCUGGAGUGUGAUGCAUUCUUUUAUUCUUAAUGCCUAUAGGAGGCAUUUCAAUAUGGUUGUAGCAGACUUGGAACUACUGUACUGCUUAAAAACACAAAAGACUUGAUUUCAUCUUCUUAAGAGCUGACUAGUGUCUCAAUGGAAAUAUAUACUUGUUGGCUUCUUAGGAAUUAUUAGAAGCACAAACUUCAUUGUUGUUAGGAUAUUUCUAAGAACUUUGGUUUUCUUUCAUAUACUGCUUGUGUACAGAAUAAUUUGUUGUAGAGUCUUAUGUAUAUUCAAAAUAAUUUUUCUGAUCUUACUGUUAAAUUUGUGUUUUAAAAAUUCUAUAAUCAGUUGCUUUGAGAUUGAUUUAGACUUAGAUGAAUUAGAAGAAACAAUAAUUUUUAAAAUUUUUUUCAGAAGGUCUCCUUCAUUGUUAAUUAAUGUGCCAGUUAAGUAUUGAAAUGAAAAAGCGUAAGGGUUUCCCAUAACCCACAGUUGAUACAAGUAAUUUUAUUUUUUAGAAUUCAAAAGUAGUUCUAUGUCAAUAGCCAGCCAUCAUUCUUCUCUUAAGUACUUAAGGUACACUGACUUGGGACCUCCUCAGAAAUACUUGAGGGUUUUUUGAGGGCUUGGGCUAUGGCAAAAACUGUAACAAAAUAUCUGCUUUCAACGUGUGAGUGUAGCAGUAGAUUUUACAGUAAUAGUCCAUGCCAGUUCAGAACAUUGGUAAUGUGUGACAAAAUUUUACUUGAGAAUUGCCUACAAAGCAAGGCAAACCAAAGACAUGCACUCUGUGUUUUAUUUUUGGAAAUAAAGCACACAGCUUCUUAUGGAGGAUUCUAAGUGUAAAUAGUAAAAAUGCAAUUAUAGCUUAACUUAAACCAUAGCUCGAACAAAUGCAUGCCUGGUGGUUAUCUGCACAGCUGUGAAAAGUCACGAUGACUUGAAUGACCUCAAAUAGGGAAGUGUUCCAGUUCUACAGAUGGGGUCAGGUAAGGGCUCAUUCUAGGUGAUUUACUAUUGUACUUAUAUCUUGGCUUAAAAAGAAACUAUGAGAAGGAGAUGAUGGUUUAAAUGUGAAACAUAGGGAAUAUAGAUGAGUUCCAAGGCAAUAACAUGAUGCUUAUGAAUGUGUGUAUAUUUAUAUAUAUAUAUAUAUAUGCAUAUGUACAUGUGUAUACAUAUGCUUACAUAUAUAAAAUAUAACAGACAUUUUAAAAUGUAGCCUAGCUCCUCCUACUUAUGAUGGUGGACUGAAAGGAUAUUUAAUUUUUGAAAACAUCUUGAGUCAUACAUAGCCCAGUGUUUCAAGCCAUGGAAGUAUUAAGUAAUUAAUGUGCUCAGACUCCUAAUAUGCAAUUUUUUUCCCUGCUUGUAAAAAAAACUGUAGCUGCUAUUUGAUUAAGAGUAUUUGCAGAAUAGCUGUUAGUAGUGAAUUGCAGUCUAAAAGCAAAGGAAAAAUAUGUGUUAGCUUUGUACUGUCAGAUUCUUCUGCUUAUUUUCCUUCUUGCUUCUCCUCCUUUCAUACUAUGAUUCAAGAACUGAUGACUUCUAACCUUUCAAGGAUGAGAUUUUCAUUGAUUAAGCAUAACUUAAAAGUCUGCUGUUGCCUGAGUAGAUUGAUCUCAUUUCCAGAUAUACCAGUGUCUAUUCUGUUCUCAUUAAUUCAUAUUUCUGGGAUCCAGAAUGAUAAAUGGGGGCAGCGAGGUGGCGAGUGGAUAGAGCACCGGCCCUGAAGUCAGGAGGACCUGAGUUCAAAUCCAGCCUCAGA